UUUAAGUGCAUGAUUUACUUACAGUUAAAUAAGCAACAAUGUACCUAACAUUUAACUUCUCCACCUCUAACUACUCCAACCUGUCGGACGCAGACUCUCUGAGACUGCAGGAACUAACCCACCGCUCCGUCAAAAUAAGCAUCAUCAUUAUACUGGGGGUGAUGAUCACUUUGGGAAAUAUAGCAGUUCUCCUGGUCAUCACUUCCUCCGUGGCAGGCUGGUCCAGAAACUCCCGGUAUUUCCUGCUGUCUCUCACCGCAGCGGACUCUGCGUUCGGGUUGCUGGUAAUGCCCCUGAACCUCUGGGUGAGUCUGUUGAAGGACUACAGUGAGGGCCCCGACACUCUUUGUCAUGUGGUUGCGUUUUGCAACGCCACCAUCUACUCCACUUGCAUGUACACGCUGGCCACCAUCAGCCUUGAGAGGUAUAUCGCGGUGUUUUACCCCCUGCAGUACUCCACUCUUAUGACCAGGAAGAGGACCCUGCUUCUCAUCGCCUUCGCCUGGUGCUUCCCUCUCUUCUUGCUGUCGCCGAUCACAUUCCCAGAUGGCAUCAUCGAGGUCCACUUCUCCACCGCGUCGCUGGUCUGCAACCCGUCCUACUCUACAAACGUUGCCUACACCUUAAGUUUGACCUGUUUAAUAUUUUUCCCCUGCUCCAUUGUCAUGACAUAUGCAAACUUGAGUGUGUGGUGCGCGGCCAAGAGACAGAGGCUGAAACUGCGCAAAUAUGGCUGUGCACUGCGCAACAGGCACAAUGUUGCCGCAAGAGUGCUCGUACCUGUGAUGGCAGCGUACUACACAUGUUGGACUCCCUGCAUGGCGGUUAUGAUCUACAGUGCAGUCUCUGGGAGCACAGUACCAGAGUGGAUUGAGUUCGUUGUGGUGUGGCUCCCAACCUCCAAUGGUUUCCUCAACUGCAUCUUUUACUUCUGGAUAAACAAAAACUUUCGCAGGAAGUUCCAUCUUAUUCUGCAGAGGCUGGCUCUGGCCAUCUGUCCUGAACUGGCAGACACCUUUGGGUGGAGCAGCACGUCGUCAGCACAGUUCGUCUCGGGAAUUUUAGACAACAACAACAUGGUUCAUGAGCGUACCUCCAGUGUGUCCUCCACCUGCACCUUGCUGAGCUUGGCUUAAAACCCCUGAACCCAGAAACAACAAGAGCGUAAAGGACAUGGUCAGUGACCUGCACACUUUUAAAAUCCUUGCCCAGUUAUUGGUGUUUUAACAAACUAAAGCAAAAAUAAACGAUCAAUUUGUUUGCAGGGCAAAUGCUUUAAAAUUCUGAGAGACUGUAAUGGUGACUAUUUCUGUGUAAAACUAAAAUACAGUCAGCAU